GAGGGAGUCACGCAGAGGGAAGCGGCCCGCGGCGGAGGGAGGGGAGGCCGAGUCCUGGAAGUGGAGCUCCGCGCUGGGACUGGUUCCUUCGCAGCCAUUUUCUGUCCAACCAAACAGCCGAUUGGAGACGGGAGCCAACCAGGGCUGCAUUGGAGGUUAAAAUUGGGCAAGGACCCAACCCCGUUUGACAGGUGUUUGAGAGCGCCCACCACUGGUACAGAGUUGUGACGGUAUUUCAUGACAAUGGAUGGCGACAGUUCCACAACAGACGCAUCUCAAUUAGGGAUUUCCGCGGACUACAUCGGAGGAAGUCAUUAUGUUAUCCAGCCUCAUGAUGAUACUGAGGACAGCAUGAAUGAUCAUGAAGACACAAAUGGCUCAAAAGAGAGUUUCAGAGAGCAAGACAUUUACCUGCCCAUUGCAAAUGUGGCUAGGAUAAUGAAAAAUGCCAUCCCUCAAACAGGAAAGAUUGCAAAAGAUGCCAAAGAGUGUGUUCAGGAGUGUGUGAGUGAGUUCAUAAGUUUCAUCACGUCUGAGGCGAGCGAACGGUGUCACCAGGAGAAGCGGAAGACCAUCAACGGAGAGGACAUCCUCUUCGCCAUGUCCACGCUGGGCUUCGACAGCUACGUGGAACCUCUGAAAUUGUACCUUCAGAAGUUCAGAGAGGCCAUGAAAGGAGAGAAGGGCAUUGGUGGAGCGGUCUCAGCCACGGACGGGCUGAGUGAGGAGCUCACAGAAGAAGCAUUCACUAACCAGUUACCAGCUGGGUUAAUAACUGCAGAUGGUCAACAACAAAACGUUAUGGUUUACACGACGUCCUACCAACAGAUUUCUGGUGUCCAGCAAAUUCAGUUUUCGUGAUCUGAAGAAAUGAUGGAACUAGCUGUGGAGAGAGUCCGACCAAGUCUGGGACAGGCAUUGGGAGGAAGUGCGGGCGAGGACGCCUCUUUGUAAAAUAAGUAGCUGUAAUGUAGCUUCCUGAUGCUUGACUAAUUGAGGUGUUAAUUCUGACUUGAGAAUCUUUUUCAUGAAUGAUUUUAAAGAAAAAAUUGGAUUUUAAAGGUAUUAAAAUAUUUUUGUUUUGUACGAGAGUUUGUUGCUCUGUAUGACACCUGUAUGCAUUGUAUAUUGCAAUUUAUUACUGUCAGAGAUUUGUAGACAGUUUCUUAUUUUCAUAUUGAAUCAUGUUAUUUUGUAAUUCAAGUAAGCAGCUGGGUUAAUUCAUGUUUGCCCUUUUAAUAAAAUGUAAGGGUAGAGUUCAUUUUGAAUGAAAGUUGCCUUUAUUAUAAAUGUCUUAGCUAUAUUCUAUCUUGCAUGAUAACCUAGCUAGAUUUUUAGCAUUUAUUAUAUUUAUUGAAAUUAAUUUUUUUGGUGAAACAGUCAUAGCUUAAGCAGUGUCAUUUUUUUUAAAAAUGUAAUUGCAUAAUUAAGUUGGAUGUAGAAGCAAGUAUUGUCCGGCCUAGAAGCUUGGUGCCUGUCACUGUCCAUACCUAUUCAGGUAGCUUUAGUUGUUAUUAUGUGUGUUAGGAUUCAUUUCCCCUGGUGUAGUCCUAGCAUCCCUGAAGAGGUCCCUUCCUUAAAGUAUUAUAGUAUCCCCUUCAAUGAGAGGGAUUGUUUAGUCCACUGAUAAUGUCAGAGGGUGUAAAUCUGCGGACGUUGUACAUCCACUAGUGAUCAAGAGGGGAGCAGGGUGCGCUGGGGAUGGCGGGACACGGGAACCUUGCUUUGCUGUCUGCAAUAAACUACAUUAGACAGUGUAGCUUUGUACAGUAUAGUAGUGUGUGUUUGGGUUCCUUUUUUAAACUAAAGAUUUCUAUUUUCCCAUCUAUUUUUUUUUUAGUAAUAAUUACGUUAAAUUUUUUGUGUAUGUGGUGGUGGUAGUUUUAGCUUUAUCCAAAAAUGGCUUAUAGUACAGUUUGUCCAGAAGGAAAUUUGUGGGAUUCCAGUGGACAAAGGAGAGCAGUUUCCUAAGUACAAGCUGAACGGUAAUGGCCGCUCAGCUUGGGGGAGUCUUGGGGAGCAUAGCUGCCUAUUGAGAGGUGAAGUAAUUCCCUCCUGCCCUACCCCCCUUUUCAAUAAUAAUCUUUAUUGUAGAAAAUGCAGGUAGGAAAGAAAGGGAGAGGAUGGCUAAGCAAAAUCACCAGUCACCCUACUGUGUUGAACUAACCGUUGUUAAUAUUUUGAUAAUUCAUUUGUCCUUUUACUUUGCUAAAUAUGUAUAUUUUUAUAAAAACGGGCUCAUGUUGUGCACACUGUUUUGUAACCAGCUUUCUCACUUAACAAUAUAUUGUGAACAUCUUUCC